AUGUCGACAAUCACUCAAACUAUCACUGAACCACUCCGAACGCUCCAGCUCCGCUCAGAGUCUCCUGAGAAGACAGAGAAACCUGCUUUCAAAGGAACCAAAUAUGAUCACGAUAAAGAUGCAGGUGGUGCCAAAGACUCAGAGUACCCGUACGCCUGGGCUUUACCCACUUUCAACAACACAACAUACCCACCUCUGACUCCCUAUGAGCACAAAGACCCAGGCUUGGAAGCUUUGAAGCACGAAAACCCCAGGGAGUUCUUGCAGAAUGCUCAAGUCUCAGACCUCACCCCACGAUUCGGUGCCGACGUAUCUGGAGUGCAGCUCACCCAGCUAGAUGCUCGAGGCAGACAGCAACUGGCCAAGUUCGUCGCUGAACGAGGUAUAGUGGUGUUCAGAGAUCAAGAUUUUCAAGAUCAAUCACCUGAAUGGAUGUUGCAGGAUUGGGGGUCCUUCUUCGGUCGACUACACAUCCACCCAACCUCAGCCCAUCCAUUGAACCACCCCGAAUUCCACUUAGUCUACCGAGACAUGAGCAAGACUUUCAACUAUGAAUUCACCGAUAGGUUCACAUCCAGUGUGUGGCAUUCUGAUGUGACUUACGAAGAACAACCACCUGGACUGACUACCCUCUUCCUCUUCGACUCCCCAGCUUCGGGAGGUGAUACCGCCUAUGUAUCCCAGGUCGAAGCAUACAAACGACUCUCACCGUCUUUCCGAGCCUACCUCGAAACCCUCGAAGUUGUACACUCGGGAGUCGAGCAGGCCAACUUCUCGCGAGCUGGUAACAGAGGUGGUACAGUACGAAGAGAGCCUGUUGAGAACGUUCAUCCUCUAGUCAGAACUCACCCCGUCACAGGGGAGAAAGCUUUGUUUGUAAACAAACAAUUCUCAAGAAGGAUCGUUGGAUUGAAGCAGGAAGAGAGUGAUGCCAUCCUCAAUUUGUUAUAUGAUCAUUUGGCCAAAGGUGUCGACUUCCAAGUCCGAGUCAAAUGGACACCGCGAGCAGUGGUAUUAUGGGACAACAGAAUAACAGCUCACAGUGCUAUCGUCGAUUUUGAUUCUGCUCAAGAUGGACGACGACACGGAGCUAGAAUCACCCCUCAAGCUGAGCGACCCUUCUUGAACAAAAAUUAG